AUGGCAGCGCCCGACGUGAGCGUGCACAUGGAGGAGGUGGUGGUGGUGACGACGCCCGACACGGUGGACGGCAGCGGCGUGGAGGAGGUGAAGACGGUGCUCGUCACCACCAACCUGUCCCAGCACGGCGGUGACAUCAAUGAAGACACCCUGGAGACGGAAAACGCAGCCGCGGAGGCAGCUGCUGCCUUCACAGCCUCCACGCACCUGAAGGAAGCCGUCCUAGUGAAGAUGGCUGAAGAUGAGGACAGCCUGGAGGCAGAGAUCGUUUACCCCAUCACCUGUGGCGACAGCAAGGCCAACCUCAUAUGGCGAAAAUUUGUGUGCCCUGGGAUCAACGUGAAGUGUGUGCAGUUUAACAAUCACCUGAUUAGCCCCAAGGAGUUUGUCCACUUGGCGGGCAAGUCAACCCUAAAGGAUUGGAAGCGAGCGAUCCGGAUGAACGGGAUCAUGCUCCGGAAGAUCAUGGACUCAGGAGAGCUGGAUUUCUACCAGCACACUAAGGUCUGUUCCAACACGUGCCGGAGCACUAAAAUUGACCUGACCGGAGCCAGGGUGUCCUUGACCAGCCAGACAUCAACGGAAUAUAUUCCUCUCACUCCUGCUUCUGCAGAUGUGAACGGCUCCCCGGCGACGAUCACCAUAGAAACGUGCGAGGAUGGCGGCGACUGGAGCCCCAGCGUUGGAGAUGAUGCUUUUGCUUUCUGGCGAGGGCUGAAGGAUGCCGGUGUCCUGGAGGAGGUGAUCCAGGAGUUCCACCAGGAGCUGGUGGAGACCAUAAAAGGCYUGCAGGAGCGAGCGCAGGAUUCCCCGCUGCAGCUCAGCGAUGCUGUUUUACUCAACAACAUUGUGCAGAACUUUGGCAUGUUGGACCUGGUCAAGAAGGUCCUGGCUAGCCACAAAUGUCAGAUGGAUCGCUCGAGAGAACAGUACACGCGGGACUUGGCAGCUCUGGAGCAGCAGUGUGACGAGCACCGCAAGCGGGCCAAGGAGCUGAAGCACAAAUCGCAGCACCUCAACAACGUGCUGAUGACUCUCACCCCCGUCUCCGUCCCGACGCCCCUGAAACGGCCCAGGCUCACGAGGGCCACGUCGGGGCCGGCUGCCAUCACGUCCCAGGUGCUGUCGCCGCCGGCGCAGCUCGCGGUGGCUCCGGGGGUGCCCGUCUCCCAGCUCGCCAGCCUCCCGCUCGGCAAAGUGGUGUCGUCGCUGCCCACGUCGGUGCUGGCGAAAAGCCCCUCGCAGGCGCCGGCGGCGAGCUCGCCCGCGUCGCCGCUCCUGGGCGGGUACACCGUGCUGGCCUCCGCCGGCACCGGCUUCCCCGGCGCCGUGGAGAUCCACCCGGACGCUUCCAACCUCACGGUGCUCAGCACCGCGGCCAUGCAGGACGGCAGCACCGUGGUGAAGGUGGUGAGCCCCUUCCAGCUGCUCACGCUGCCGGGCCUCGGCACCGCCAUCCAGAACGUGACCCAAAUGGCUCCCGGCGGGAGCGCCAUCGUGACGGUGCCGUCGGGCGCCGCGGCGGGCGACGAACACGCCACCACCAUCGAGGUGACCGCAGUGGCCGACGAGGCGGAGCAGAAGUGACGGGGGGCCUUGCCUGGAGGGACGUUUUCCGUGACGCUCUGGGUGGAACUGCCUUUUYUCCGGCUGUGCUGGGGAAAGGGGGAGCAGUGUAAAGAGGGCACAGGUCCAUGAGACUCGGGAUGGCUGAAAUCAGGUCACGAGGAGCUCGAGUCAGAGAGCAGAGAGGAAGAGGGAGGAAAAAGACACC